GAUCUCCUAGCAAGUUUUUUGAGGGCUGCAUAGUGGGACAAUGCGGAGUGCCACUACUUGGGAUAGUUGCCCAAUUGCCGUGUUUGACUCCCGAGCUGUGAACCUGUAUUGCAAGUUCCAGGAUUAUUUGUCUCAAUGAUGACAUUCCCUUCUGCUGCUUUUUUCCUGGUUUCUGCAUGCUGAACUAAGUUCCUGAUGAAUGGACACUCCCCUAUUGUCUUUCAGGGCAUGGGAGCUGGUGUAAAGAUGCAGCUGUGAUCCUCGGCUGUGUCUCUCAUUGAAGGGACCUGAUGUUUUACGUUAUUGGUGGGAUCACAGUAUCUGUGGUAGCUUUCUUUUUCACCAUUAAGUUCCUCUUUGAGCUUGCCGCACGUGUAGUCAGCUUCCUCCAGCAUGAGGACCGGGAGCGCAGAGGAGAGCGGACAAUUUAUGACUACGUGCGAGGCAACUACUUGGACCCCCGCUCUUGCAAAGUCUUCUGGGACUGGAAGGACCCCUAUGAGGUGGGCCACAGCAUGGCCUUCCGAGUACAUUUAUUCUAUAAGAAUGGCCAGCCCUUCCCUGCUCUUCGUCCUGUGGGCCUGCGAGUUCACAUCUGCCAUGUGGAGCUAGCAAUGGAUAUUCCUGUGACCCAGGAAGUACUUCAGGAGCCCAGUUCCAAUGUGGUGAAGGUGGCAUUUACUGUGCGGAAGGCUGGGCGCUAUGAAAUCAGCAUAAAACUUGGAGGCUUGAAUGUGGCAUAUAGCCCUUACUACAAAGUAUUUCAGCCAGGAAUGGUGGUUCCUUCGAAAACCAAAAUUGUUUGCCAUUUCUCCACUUUGGUGCUGACAUGUGGGCAGCCUCACACUCUGCAGAUAGUUCCUAGAGAUGAGUAUAAUAAUCCUACCAGUAACUCGGUAUCACUGAUAGAUGAGCACAACUACAGCCUCUCAAUCCAUGAGCUUGGUCCCCAAGAAGAAGAACCGUCUGAUGUUUUGUUUGAAAAGUCUGUGGUGUCUAAUCGACAGACUUAUCAAGUUUUUCUGAGACUCACCCUACUCCGUAGGGGAUGUUUCCGUGCCUGCAUCUCCUACCAAAGCCAGCCUAUUAGCAAUGGAGAGUUCGAUAUAAUUGUUUUAAAUGAGAAUGAAAAGAGUAUCGUGGAGCGAAAUGUUUCUACCUCAGGGGUCAGUAUCUAUUUUGAGGCCUACCUUUACAAUGCUAGUAGCUAUGCCAAUACCCAGUGGCAACUUCCACCCCUGCAUUGGGGUUCCUCUCAGCGCCGACCUUCCACUGCUACAGAAGAUGAGGAUGAAGACUCUCCUUCUGACAGCCAGACCCCUGAGAAAGUGAAGAAGCCAAAAAAAGUGUAUUGCUAUGUUUCACCCAAGCAAUUCUCAGUAAAGGAGUUCUACUUGAAGAUCAUUCCUUGGCGCCUGUUUACCUUCAGAGUAUGUCCUGGCACCAAGUUUUCUUACCACGGGCCUGACCCUGUGCACAAACUGCUGACGUUAGUGGUGGAUGAUGGGAUUCAGCCUCCUGUAGAGCUGAGCUGCAAGGAGAGGAACAUCUUGGCGGCAACUUUCAUUCGCUCGCUGCAUAAAAAUAUAGGAGGCUCAGAGACCUUUCAGGACAAAGUAAACUUCUUCCAGAGGGAGUUGCGCCAGGUGCACAUGAAGAGGCCCCAUUCAAAAGUUACUCUAAAAGUCAGCCGCCACAACCUUCUGGACUCGUCACUGAGGGCAACAAGGAAUUUUUCUGUUUCUGACUGGAGCAAAAACUUUGAAGUGAUUUUCCAGGAUGAAGAAGCCUUGGACUGGGGAGGUCCUCGCAGAGAGUGGUUUGAAUUGAUCUGUAAAGCUUUAUUUGACACUACCAAUCAACUUUUUACCCGCUUCAGUGACAACAACCAAGCUCUGGUACAUCCCAACCCCAACCGGUCACCUUUUCUGCGGCUGAAAGUGUAUGAAUUCGCAGGGCGCUUGGUUGGAAAGUGCCUCUAUGAGUCAUCUUUGGGAGGGGCUUACAAGCAGCUGGUGAGAGCUCGUUUCACCCGGUCUUUUUUGGCUCAAAUCAUAGGAUUGCGGAUGCAUUAUAAGUAUUUUGAGACAGAUGACCCAGAGUUCUAUAAAUCUAAAGUUUGUUUCAUCCUGAAUAAUGAUGUGAGUGAGAUGGAGCUAGUCUUUGCUGAGGAAAAAUACAGCAGAUCAGGACAACUUGAGAAGGAGGUUGAGCUGGUAACAGGUGGUGCUCAAAUGCCAGUUACAAAUGAGAAUAAAAUUUUCUACCUGAAUCUGCUUGCACAGUACAGACUGGCGAAUCAGGUUAGAGAGGAAGUGGAACACUUCUUGAAAGGUCUCAAUGAACUGGUCCCUGAAAACCUCCUUGCUAUUUUUGAUGAAAAUGAACUUGAGUUGCUGAUGUGUGGUACUGGAGACAUCAGUGUCUGUGAUUUCAAAGCACAUGCUGUAGUAGUGGGAGGUUCUUGGCACUUCCGAGAGAAGGUUAUGCGGUGGUUUUGGACAGUGGUCUCCAGUUUCACACAAGAGGAACUGGCCAGGCUGUUGCAAUUCACCACUGGUUCUUCUCAGCUGCCUCCUGGAGGAUUUGCUGCACUUUGCCCAUCUUUCCAGAUCAUUGCAGCUCCGACGCACAGUACACUGCCAACAGCCCAUACUUGUUUUAACCAGCUGUGCCUCCCCACUUACGAUUCCUAUGAAGAGGUGCACAAGAUGCUGCAGCUGGCCAUCAGCGAGGGCUGUGAGGGUUUUGGCAUGCUCUGACUCCCACAGGAGGAGUCCAUCUCGCUUCCUUAAUUCUUCAGGGCAUUGCCCAGCCCCACUUCACUACUCCAGUCUCAUGCCCAACCUAAGGGCAAUGGAGAACGGAGCAGAGGCACCACGCAAACAGAAAUGUCAAUCUGCAAUGCCACAUGGAGGCCUCCCCAUGUCUGAAGUACAUUAUUGGGAGCACAUAUUGCCCCUUCCCCUUUCCAGUAUGGUACAUGAGAUGGAGUGGAGUUCUUCUCUCGGGGUGACAUGGUACUUGCAUUUCACAGGAUGUUACUUGUCUGGUUUUCUGAAGGAAGAAAGCUCAUAAGCAAGAUUUCCAAUUUGGUAGAGGAGGAGAUCUGUAACUUACAAUAUUCCAGUUGCUUUGGGGAUGAAUGGACCACUAUGGAGCUCUAAAUCCCCAGAUUAUGGGAAGCCUUAAUACUUUUCCAUGCCUUUGCCCAAGUUUUCACACAGGUUAAUCUCCUUUCCACUUUGAUGUUACUGGAAGGCAUAAAAUCCACCCCCACCUUGCUUUUUAAUUUUCGUAGCCACUUUCCCCUGGAUGCUGUCAGCACUUGUUCUUGCAGAAGAGGGAAGGCAGCAUUUAUGUCACUGGAUCACUAGUGCUGAUACUGACAGUGACCUCGUUCUACCUCUACCAAGAGCUGGCAACAGGAUAUUAUUUCUGCGGUGGCAGCAGCUUCUGUUGCCUUUGCCACGGAACUGGAAGAAACUUGUUUCUCCUCCCAUCCCUAUUUCUGACCAUGGUCAUGAACUUUGGCAGGAACUCGUUUUCCCUACCAUCCAACUAAUUUCCCUUCCUCAGAGGAUAGAUGGAUGUAUCUAUCUGAGGUCUGAUGCAUAUGCUAGCACUGACCUUUUGAGGUACUUAGAAUGCAGUGGUGGUAGGCCAAGAGGCAGCUAUGAUUGUAUGCAUCAAACAUACAUUUGUAUGCAGGUAGAGUGAGGUGAUCAGUAUUGGAUUGGGUCCAGUAGCUCAUUCUCUCUCCUAUUCUACACAGACAGGCGUCUACCUCUCCCACAUGACAGCCAGAGUCUUCUCUAGCAUGCUUCUGGCAGAGAAUUGUUAAAUAAGGUAUUGCUACCUGUCCCCCCC